CCCGAGAUACUUCGCCCCCCCCCCCAAAAAAAACUCUUAUUUAUUUAUUUAUUAUUUAUUUAUUUAUUUAUUUCUCGGCCAUGGGGCGCGUGCUGCUGCUGCUCUCCAUCCUCUGCAUCUUGGCGAGCCAGGGUUUUUGCUCGGGUGUUUUCGAGCUCAAGCUGCAGGAGUUCCUCAACAAGAAAGGCGUUCAGGGGAACCGCAACUGCUGCAAGGGCGGCUCGCCGUCGCCUUACCAGCAGUGCGAGUGCAAGACGUUUUUCCGGGUGUGCCUGAAGCACUACCAGCCCAACGCCUCGCCCGAGCCGCCCUGCACCUACGGGGGCGCCGUCACGCCCGUUCUGGGCUCCAACUCCUUCCAGGUCCCGGACACGUUGCCGGACGGCUCCUUCAGCAACCCAGUCAGGAUCAACUUUGGCUUCACGUGGCCGGGCACGUUUUCAUUGAUCAUCGAAGCCGUCCACGCCGAGUCCAAAGAAGAUCUGACCACAGAAAACCCUGAGCGCAUCAUCAGCACCAUGAGCACCCAGAGGCACCUGACCGUGGGAGAGGACUGGUCCCAGGAUCUGCACAGCGCCGGCAGAACGGAGCUCAAGUUCUCCUACCGCUUCGUCUGCGACGAGCACUACUACGGCGAGGGCUGCUCGGUCUUCUGCCGCCCCAGGGACGACACCUUCGGCCACUUCACCUGCGGAGAGCGCGGCGAGAUCAUCUGCGACGCGGGCUGGAAGGGCCAGUACUGCACCGAGCCGAUCUGCCUCCCCGGAUGUGACGAAGAGCACGGCUUUUGCGAGAAGCCUGGAGAGUGCAAGUGCAGAGUGGGCUUCAAAGGCAGAUACUGUGACGAGUGCAUCCGUUACCCUGGAUGCCUCCACGGGACCUGUCAGCAGCCAUGGCAAUGCAACUGCCAGGAAGGAUGGGGAGGCCUCUUUUGCAACCAGGAUCUGAACUACUGCACACAUCACAAGCCCUGUCUGAAUGGAGCCACUUGUAGCAACACUGGCCAGGGCAGCUACACCUGUUCCUGUCGGCCAGGAUUCACUGGCACCAGCUGCGAGAUCGAGGUCAACGAAUGCGCGGACAACCCCUGCCGCAAUGGAGGGAGCUGCACGGAUAUGGAGAACACCUACACCUGUACCUGUCCACCUGGUUACUAUGGCAAAAACUGCGAGCUGAGUGCCAUGACGUGCGCAGAUGGUCCAUGCUUCAACGGUGGGCGCUGUGCUGAUAACCCAGAUGGCGGCUACUUCUGCCAGUGUCCCACGGGUUAUGCCGGGUUCAACUGUGAGAAGAAGAUCGACCACUGUACAUCUAGCCCUUGCUCAAAUGGAGCUCGUUGUGUGGACCUGGUGAACUCCUACCUGUGCCAGUGCCCCGAGGGCUUCACAGGAAUGAACUGUGACCGCAUGAGCGAUGAGUGCUCCCUCUAUCCCUGCCAAAAUGGUGGCACCUGCCAAGAGGGUGCCAAUGGCUACACCUGCGCUUGCCCCCCUGGUUACACUGGCCGCAACUGCAGCUCACCUAUCAGUCGCUGCCAGCACAGCCCAUGCCACAAUGGCGCCACCUGCCAUGAACGCAACAAUCGAUAUGUUUGCGCCUGUGUCCCUGGUUAUGGAGGCCGCAACUGCCAGUUCCUGCUUCCAGACCGAGCUUCCCAAACAUCUGGUGACAUUCCGUGGACGGCAGUGGGAUCAGGAGUGUUGCUGGUGUUGUUGCUGAUAGUGGCUUGUGCUGUCCUCGUGGUUUGCAUCCGAUCAAAAGUGCAGCGGCGGCGAAGGGAACGUGAAGAGGAAGUGGCAAACGGGGAAAAUGAGACGAUCAACAACCUCACGAACAACUGCCACCGGGACAAGGACCUUGCUGUCAGUGUGGUGGGAGUAGCACCGGUCAAAAACAUCAACAAGAAGAUCGAUUUCCACAGUGACCACGAUGACUUGAGCAUGACCACGGAGAAGAGCGGAUACAAGUCGAGACACCACUCUUCCGACUACAACCUUGUGCAUGAAGUGAAGUACGAAGUCAAGCAUGAGGUGAAGCUGGAGCACAAUGGGAAGGAGAUGGCGGCAAAGGAACUGUCUGACAGCUGCGAAGAUGUGAAGUGCCAAAGCUUGCAAGACUCUUGUGAGUUUGAGGAAAAACGCAGGAAACGUCUGAAAAGUGAUGCAUCGAAAUAUUCAGAGUCAAGAUAUUCCGAGUCGAAGUUCUCAGAGUCGAAGUUCUCUGAGUCAAAGUAUUCAGAGUCGAACUAUUCCGAUUCGCUGUAUUCCGAGUCAGCAUGCGCAUCUGCAUGUGCAUCGGCAUCCGUGUCGGCAUGUGUCGACAACAAAUACAAAUCCGUCAUGGUCAUGUCGGAGGAAAAAGAUGAAUGUGUAAUUGCAACCGAGGUGUAAUGGGCCUCCAGGAAGCCGAUGUUCAUUGUAUCCUGUGGGAGUCAUUUUGAACUCCCAUAGAAAAUGCUGCUGCUCGAAACCUUAGGUGGAAAUGUCCCACCUCGUGACUACUGCUGCUGAGAAAGUAGGACUGAUUUAACUGAUAUUCAGGGUGAGCUGGUUCUCUGUUCUGAAAGAAGCGCAGGCAAACGGAGGCCUGUAGGCUUGGAAACUUCCGGAAACGGACAGAGGGGAGUCGCUACAAGUUUGCAGCUCCUCUUUCAAAUGUAUUUGUAAAAUUUACCUGUAAAGCCAUUUUAUAAAGGUGUUGGACAGUGUGUGUCCAUUUUGCUUUUUAAAAAAUCUAUGACAGAAAAAGAAAAGAAAAAAAAUGAUCAGAAAGUAAAAGAAGUAGGAAUCCAAGGAAACGUAUCGCAAUGUUCUGCCAUGUGGUGUGCGGUACUGUGGCAACGUUGUGGCAAUGUUUUUAACAAUAUUUUGGCAACAUUUGCUGUUUUUUCGCCAAUAUCUCCAAGCCCACACAGGCUAUUUCUGUGCCCAGAGACUGCACCAAACAUUAAAGAUGUUAAAGAAUAGUAGAUUAAGAAAUGUAUCACAGCGUUUUCGCCAAUGUCCGUCUCUUGGAUUCUAUGGCAACGUCGUGGCAACGUUUUAGCAAUAUUUUGGCAACAUUUGCUGGUUUUUCGCCAAUAUUUCCAAGCCCCACAAGUCAGUGUGCAAGAGACUACAUCAAAACGGUGGAUGUUUGGCCAUACUGGCCUGUCUUUCACUAGGUUGAAUGUCGCAUGAUGUUAUAUUCUGUCACAUGACCAGUGGAGACUAUAUGUAUUACCUGAUCACUGUAUAAAUGGGGAAAAAAAAUAAGUGCGCAAAAAAUCUCUAAGUCUUCCGAGCCUCCACUUCUUUUUUUGUAAUAUUGUUUAUAUGGUUUCGAAAAUGUAUGUAAUUAUUUUCCUGUCACAAAAAAAAGCAUUUGUGUUAAUAUGAAUAAUAUCCUCAUUUGUUUGUUAUGUUUGUUUCUUUUCUAUUCUUA